AUGAUGUACUCGCUCCACCAUAUCGUUGACCGCGAUGCUCUCGAAAAACGAGAGCAGAACAAAGUAAUUCUGAUGUCAAUAAGCAAAAUCCAAAAGGAGGUUAAAGUUCAGCAUGUGUAUAGCGUUUGCUCUGCAUUCGGUGAGAUAGAACGUAUAAAGAUCAGCCCAAUAUCGCGUGGCACUGAGACAGAAUUGCUGGUAUACGUCGAAUUUGACAAUGUAGAUUCUGCUCACGAGGCGAAACUCGCUGUAAAUGGCGCUUUCUUCUACAACGACUGCAACCUCGUACAUUGCGAAUACGCGUCGGUCAAUACCCUAGUGAUACCAGAAAAUACCGACCACGCCCAUGACUACACGCAGGUGACGCCCAGAAAAUCAAAGAAUCCUGGUUAGGG